UAAGCGGCCCGCUGUUACGGCCUGGGCUAAUGCAAGCCGAUUAGUCCCUAAGUUGAAGCUUCCAAAGUGGGCUGCAGCCGGUGUUGCUUGGACAGCUCACUCACAUGUCUCAUCGUUCCUGACCUGCGUGCUCAUCCUUGCCAUACCACUUCUCCAUUGUUCACUCUUUCUGUCUCGGCAUCCUCAACAGUUCAUAUUUCUGCUCUUCUCCCAUCCUAUCCUGAUUGCCGUACUCUCAACUCCUCCCUCUUGACCCUCCGGAAACCCCUCACAGUCAAUAAGCAUGGCUGCUCCCGCUGCUGCUGCGCAGCAACCGAGGGAGCGCAAACCCUCAAUGGGCGCUCCCAUUUCGACCCUCACUGGCCCUGUCGGUCCUGGCUUCACGCGGCCCAAGCACAAGCGGACCGCUACCGGCUUCGGUGCUGGUGACAUCAAAGCUGUUGAGUCGAGCAUCCCGGAACACAUGAGAGAGGCCUGGAAGAAAUACGCGCCCAAGGGGUUUACGACGAAAGAUGAGUUCGAGGAGACUACUGUCAAACACAUCGAGACUACGCUGGCCAGGUCUCUUUUCAACUGCGAUGAGCUAGCCGCAUACUCCGGAACCGCCCUAGCCUUCAAGGAUCGUCUCAUUAUCGACUGGAACAAGACCCAGCAGAGACAGACCUUCGCCGACCAGAAAAGAAUAUACUAUUUGUCUCUAGAGUUCUUGAUGGGUAGAGCUUUGGACAACGCAAUGCUGAACGUGGGUCUCAAGGACGUCGCCAAAGAGGGUCUGGGGGAGCUUGGCUUCCGCAUUGAAGACGUUGUCAACCAAGAGCACGACGCCGCUCUGGGUAACGGUGGUCUUGGUAGACUGGCAGCCUGCUUCCUGGACAGCAUGGCUUCGCUCAACUACGCAGCUUGGGGCUAUGGUCUUCGUUACAGAUACGGUAUCUUUAAGCAAGAAAUCGAGAACGGAUACCAGGUCGAAAUCCCCGACUACUGGCUUGACUUCAACCCCUGGGAAUUCCCAAGACACGACGUUACAGUCGAUGUUCAGUUCUACGGCUGGGUCAACAAGUACACCAACGAUGAGGGCAAGCAAGUUGUGUCCUGGCAAGAUGGUGAACUGGUUAGUGCAGUGGCAUACGAUGUUCCCAUUCCAGGUUAUGGCACUCCAACCGUGAACAAUCUACGGCUCUGGUCCAGCAAGGCUUCAACUGGAGAAUUCGACUUUGCCAAAUUCAACUCUGGCGAGUACGAAAGUGCCGUCGCCGACGAACAACGUGCUGAGACAAUAUCGGCUGUGUUGUACCCUAACGAUAACCUUGAGCGAGGCAAGGAAUUGCGCCUCAAGCAGCAGUACUUCUGGUGUGCAGCAUCCCUCCAUGACAUUCUCCGCAGAUUCAAGAAGACCAAGCGCAAGUGGUCAGAGUUCCCAGACCAGGUGGCCAUCCAAUUGAACGACACCCAUCCUACUUUGGCUAUCGUCGAGCUACAAAGAAUCUUGACAGACGUGGAAGGAAUGGAAUGGAAUGAGGCGUGGGACAUUGUCACAAAGACUUUUGGCUACACCAACCACACCGUGCUCCCUGAGGCCUUGGAGAAAUGGUCCGUUCCUCUCAUUCAGCACUUGUUGCCUCGCCAUCUUCAGAUCAUUUACGACAUUAACCUGAAUUUCCUUCAGCAAGUUGAGCGUCGCUUCCCCAAAGACCGAGAGAUGCUGUCCAGAGUCUCCAUCAUCGAAGAAUCCCAACCAAAAAUGAUUCGAAUGGCCUAUCUUGCAAUUAUUGGUUCGCACAAGGUCAACGGUGUGGCUGAACUGCAUUCGGAUUUGAUCAAGACGACCAUUUUCAAGGACUUCGUCAAGAUUUAUGGUCCCGACAAGUUCACCAAUGUCACCAACGGCAUUACACCAAGAAGAUGGUUGCACCAGGCCAAUCCUCGUCUGUCCGAGUUGAUUGCCUCCAAGUUGGGCAGCUAUGAGUUUUUGAAGGAUCUGACACUCCUGAACAAGCUUGAGGCUUUUGUUGAGGACAAAGAGUUCAAGAAGGAGUGGGCUGAGAUUAAAUACGCCAACAAGGUCCGCAUGGCUCAGCAUAUCCUGACCGCCACUGGAGUCAGCGUGAACCCCAAGGCGCUCUUCGACGUACAGGUGAAACGUAUUCACGAAUACAAGCGACAACAGCUCAACAUUUUUGGUGUCAUCCACCGAUACCUAGCAAUCAAGAAGAUGACACCCGAAGAACGCAAGAAGCUUCAACCCAGAGUCUCCAUCUUUGGCGGAAAGGCUGCCCCUGGCUACUGGAUGGCCAAGACCAUCAUCCACCUCAUCAACAAGGUUGGAGAAGUCAUCAACAACGACAAAGAUGUCGGCGAUCUGCUCAAGGUUAUUUUUGUUCCGGACUACAACGUCAGCAAAGCCGAAAUCAUCAUUCCAGCAUCGGACAUCAGUGAGCAUAUUUCCACUGCUGGUACCGAAGCUUCAGGUACCAGCAACAUGAAGUUUGUUCUCAACGGUGGACUCGUUAUUGGUACCCUUGACGGUGCCAAUAUUGAGAUCACUCGUGAGAUUGGUGAGCAAAACGUCUUUUUGUUCGGCAACCUUGCCGAGGAUGUGGAGGACCUCCGACACAACCACUUUUAUGGCAACUAUCAAGUCAAUGCAGAACUUUUGAAAGUGUUCGACUGUAUCAAAUCUGGUACCUUUGGCGAUGAGGGUGCCUUUGGUGCCUUGAUCAGUGCGAUCGUUGAACAUGGUGAUUUCUAUCUCGUGAGCGACGAUUUCGAGAGCUAUUGCCAAACCCAGGACCUCAUCGAUGAGGCCUAUAAGAACCAGGAUGAAUGGGUUAGCAAAACAAUAUUGAGCGUGUCCAGAAUGGGCUUCUUCACUUCAGACCGAUGCAUCAACGAGUAUGCAGACAGCAUUUGGAACAUUGAGCCUCUGUCUGUCAAGGAAGAAAACGAGACCCGUGCACGAACCGGACUUGAGACCUAGAUAAAAAGAACAUGAGUACGAUGUGCACGCGGUAAAGGCUCGUCGACCAAAGAGGUGGCCUCCCAGAUGAAAAGCAAGGAUAGAUGGUAUCAGUCGGAGACAGAAGAAAAAUUAUGAAUUGAGAGGUAGACAGAUUUUAUACCUUAGUAUUCUUAUGAUCAGCUUUGACGAGGAGAAAGUCUGGAAGUAAA